CACGGGACUCGCGCUUCCCGAUCACGUGGCAGACACACCUCGAUGGAACGAUUCUCCUCCAUUCUCGAAACUCCUUGUUUCUCCCAAAGUCCCAUCAGAAACAUAGAAUCUCACUUCAAAGCAGAAAAAAGUAUAUUCGAAAUUCGGAAACUCUCCGAUCAUUGAAGCAAAGGAGCGAUGCUUAACUCAUUUGCUUCUUCUUGUCAUUCUCUUUCUUCCAAUUUUCCUCCGCCGCUCUCUUCCUCCGGUAAUGCCUUCACUGACUUCAUUCCCAUGGGGAGGGUGACCGGAGCUCCGAUUUGUCGAUUAAUCUCCCGUAAGGUAGAUUAAGGAUAGUUCAACACUUAAGGUCACUUGUCGUCGCGCACACGAACGGGUGAUAGAGGAAGAACCAUCUUCGAUGACGGAGACUAAACGAUCCUUCAACGUUUCCUCUGGUGAGAUGUCUCCUCUUGGUGUGUCACAAGUCGAUAAGGGAAUCAAUUUCGCUCUGUUUUCUCAGAACGCUACUUCUGUCACACUCUGCUUAUCACUUCCCCAAAGUGAAGGUUUGAUCGAGUUGGUUUUGGAUCCCAGCAUAAACAAGACUGGGGAUACUUGGCAUAUUUGUGUUGAGGAUUUGCCUAUCGAUAACGUUCUUUAUGGUUACCGAGUUGAUGGUCCUGGAGAAUGGAAUCAAGGGCAUCGGUUUGACAGUAGCAUUGUGCUUUUGGAUCCCUAUGCAAAGCUAGUGAAAGGCCGAAGCUUUUUCGGAGAUAGUAGACAAAAGUUUGCUCAGUUCUUUGGAACUUAUGACUUUGAGAGCUCGCCAUUUAACUGGGGAGAUGACUACAAGUUCCCUAACAUACCUGAGAAGGAUCUUGUUAUUUAUGAAAUGAAUGUUCGUGCUUUUACUGCUGCUGAGUCCAGUGGGAUUGAUCCAUCUAUAGGGGGCAGUUACCUUGGUGUCAUUGAGAAGAUCCCACACCUUCUGGAUCUUGGUAUAAACGCGGUGGAGUUAUUGCCAGUGUUUGAGUUUGAUGAACUGGAGCUUCAGAGGCGUCCUAAUCCUAGAGAUCACAUGGUUAACACGUGGGGUUACUCGACAGUAAACUUUUUUGCUCCAAUGAGCCGUUAUGCUAGUGGUGAGGGAGACCCUAUUAAAGCUUCGAAAGAGUUUAAAGAAAUGGUCAAAGCAUUACAUUCUGCUGGUAUAGAGGUCAUUUUGGACGUAGUGUAUAAUCACACCAAUGAAGCAGAUGACAAAUACCCUUAUACCACUUCAUUUCGUGGCAUAGACAACAAGGCGAGUCAUAAGAAGAGUGACCCUCGUUAUACUUUAUUGCUUUUCUUAUCUUUAAACUCUAAAGAAUUUGAAAUCUAUAUGCAGAUUUAUUACAUGCUUGAUCCAAACAACCAACUGCUCAACUUUUCCGGCUGUGGGAAUACACUGAACUGUAGCCAUCCUGUUGUUAUGGAAUUAAUACUAGAUAGCUUAAGGCACUGGGUCACUGAAUAUCACGUGGAUGGUUUCCGAUUCGAUCUUGCUAGUGUGCUUUGCCGAGACACACAUGGAUCUCCACUCAGUGCUCCCCCACUCAUAAGGGCAAUUGCCAAGGAUUCCGUUCUGUCAAGAACUAAAAUAAUUGCAGAGCCUUGGGAUUGUGGAGGAUUAUAUCUAGUUGGGAAGUUUCCAAAUUGGGAUAGGUGGGCUGAGUGGAACGGGAUGUACCGUGAUGAUGUUAGAAAAUUUAUUAAGGGUGACAGUGGUAUGAAAGGAAGCUUUGCUACUCGUGUUUCAGGAUCUUCCGAUCUUUACCAGGUUAACCAGAGGAAGCCUUACCACAGUGUAAAUUUCAUAAUUGCGCAUGAUGGAUUCACAUUGCGAGAUCUUGUAACAUACAACUUUAAGCACAAUGAAGCCAAUGGAGAAGGAGGAAACGAUGGAUGUAAUGACAAUUAUAGCUGGAACUGUGGCUUUGAAGGUGAAACUAAUGAUGCUCACACUAAGUCUUUACGUGCUAGACAAAUGAAGAAUUUUCAUUUAGCUUUGAUGAUAUCUCAGGGAACACCAAUGAUGCUAAUGGGAGAUGAAUAUGGACAUACUCGUUAUGGUAAUAACAAUAGCUACGGACAUGAUACAGCUCUCAACAAUUUCCAGUGGAAAGAGGCAACUGGACGCAAAGAAGCAGAACCAUUUCAGGGGGAGAUUACAUGGCAUGAAGACAAUUGGGAUAACCCUGAGAGCAAGUUCCUAGCUUUCACGGCUAUCCAUCACGAUACCGAUAGGCUUGCCGGUUCGGUUUAUUUGGUUAUUUCAGUUUGGCGGCUCCAUGACGGUGUAAGUGGUGGUGGUGACAUCUAUGCAGCAUUUAACGCCCACGACUACUUUGUCAAGGCUCUGAUUCCACAGCCACCGCCGGGGAAACAAUGGUUCCGAGUGGCUGACACAAACCUCGAGUCACCUAAUGAUUUUGUAAAGGAAGGUGUGGCCGGCGUGGCUGAGACAUACAAUGUGGCUCCGUUCUCUUCGAUGCUUCUCAAGUCCAAGUAAAGCAAAGCACUAGUCAUUGGUCUUACCUCUACACUCCAUACGAGCAGCUUCAAGCUUUCAACGCAGUAAAGUAGAUAGUUGGUAAAGUUCAAAAAAAAAAAAAAAAAGUAAGAUAGUAGGUCAAAUAAGGCGUAUGUGUAACGAGUAAAAGAUGCAUGAGUGUCUCGUCAAAUUUUAUUUACAUGUAAAAUUCUGAAAAUAGAGGACAUUUCCAAACGAAAAGAACAAGUAAUAUAGUCUUGAAGCUUCUAUAUUCUGAAUCUGAUAUUAAGCAUGCGGUUUUCUCUUUUCCUUCAAAACGAUAAAAACAAUAAUUAGGAUUUAAAUUGUCCAUUUUUAUGUUUUUGUGAAAGC